GAGAUGCAGUACUGUUGAAACACCAGUCUGCUUUGGUUCAUACAAUCAGCUUUUUCAGCUGGGAAACCAUUUCUUCUUCCUUUUUUUUUUUUUUUUGGCCGACUUAACUGAACUUAUGAAACCAUGGCAGAAGGAGAGACAGAGUCACCUGGGCCCAAAAAGCGUGGUCCAUAUAUCUCAUCCGUCACUAGCCGGAGUGUGAACUUGAUGAUUCGAGGAGUAGUGCUGUUUUUUAUUGGAGUAUUUCUUGCAUUAGUGUUAAAUUUACUUCAGAUUCAGAGAAAUGUGACACUCUUUCCACCUGAUGUGAUUGCAAGCAUCUUUUCUUCAGCAUGGUGGGUACCGCCGUGCUGUGGCACAGCAUCAGCUGUGAUUGGGUUAUUAUACCCCUGCAUUGACAGGCAUCUAGGAGAACCGCAUAAGUUUAAAAGAGAAUGGUCCAGUGUGAUGCGGUGCGUAGCCGUCUUUGUUGGUAUAAAUCACGCCAGCGCUAAAGUGGAUUUUGAUAACAACAUACAGUUAUCUCUCACACUGGCUGCACUAUCCAUUGGAUUGUGGUGGACUUUUGAUAGAUCUAGAAGUGGUUUUGGCCUUGGAAUAGGAAUUGCUUUCUUGGCAACUGUGGUCACUCAACUGCUAGUCUAUAAUGGUGUUUAUCAAUAUACAUCUCCAGACUUUCUCUAUGUUCGUUCUUGGUUACCAUGUAUAUUUUUUGCUGGAGGCAUAACAAUGGGAAACAUUGGCCGACAACUGGCAAUGUAUGAAUGUAAAGUUAUUGCAGAAAAAUCUCAUCAAGAAUGAAGAAGGCAGAAAUAUAUCUUUUGUACAGAAAAGCAAGAUGAAAAAGGCAUGCAAAUGAUAAGAUAGACCAACAAAACU